ACAUCAUCAUGGGAUUAAAAGCUUUGAUUUUAGUAGGAGGUUUCGGUACACGGUUAAGACCACUGACUUUGACGUUACCUAAACCACUCGUACCAUUCUGCAAUAAACCUAUGAUCGUACACCAGAUAGAAGCACUCGUGAAAGCUGGCGUCACAGAUAUUGUUUUAGCUGUGAACUACAGACCAGAAAUAAUGGAGAACGUACUUAAAGAAUGUGAAGAAAAAUAUAAUAUAAAGAUACACUUCUCAGUUGAAUCUGAACCACUUGGUACGGCAGGUCCUAUCAAAUUGGCUGAGAAUAUCUUAAAGAAGGAUGAUGCCCCUUUCUUCGUUUUAAAUAGCGAUGUUACCUGUAGUUAUCCAUUCGAACAGCUUCGUGAUUUCCAUAAUUCACAUUCAAGUGAAGGUACAAUCAUGGUUACAAAAGUAGAUGAACCAUCUAGUUAUGGUGUAGUAGUAAUAAAAGAGAAUAGCUCUGAAAUUGAAAGAUUCGUAGAAAAGCCAAAAAUUUUCGUCGGUAACAGAAUAAACGCCGGUAUAUACAUAUUUGAUCCAUCUAUGCUUAAUCGUAUAGACCUCAAACCAACGUCUAUAGAAACGGAAGUAUUCCCACCUAUGGCAUCAGAUAGACAACUACAUGCAUUUGAUUUGCAAUCAUUUUGGGCUGAUGUUGGUCAACCUAAAGACUAUAUACACGGAACAUGCUUAUACCUCUCUCACCUUAAUAAAUUCGAUUCUACCAAGUUGGUCGAUGUCCAGACUGAAAAUUGGGUAAACGGCGGCAACGUUCUCGUAGACCCUUCUGCAGAGAUAGACAAAAGUGCUUUAAUUGGACCAAAUGUCGUCGUUGGUCCUAACGUUAAAAUAGGUAAAGGUGUCCGUCUGCAAAGAUGUGUCAUUAUGGAUGGAUCUAGAAUCAGAGAUCACAGUUGGAUACACUCGACAAUCGUCGGUUGGAACUGUACGAUUGGUCGGUGGGUUAGAAUUGAGAAUAUCGCCGUCUUAGGUGAUGAUGUCGUCGUAAAAGAUGAGUUACAUAUCAAUGGCGCGUCUGUUCUCCCUCACAAGUCUAUCUCACAAUCAAUUACUGAACCAAAGAUUGUCAUGUAGACGAUGAAAAAUUAUUGCAAAAAAAGUUAGAAAUUUAUUUGUACAAAAACUACUAUUUAAUAUUAUAACUAAAUAAUACAAAUUAUAACUAAUAUCUCCUCUGGUUUCCUGGAUGUCCUUGAUAUGGUGGUCUAGCUGACCCAUAAUUACCUCUGAAACCACCUGUUGGCGGUGGUGGACGUGGUCUUCCCAUACCCAUUGUUGGAGGAGGAGGACGUGGUCUACCAUGUGUGUGUCCCAAAGAAGGAGAGAAGACACCUUGUGGUGGACGAGCACCAGUUGGUCUACCUUGAAUAUAACUUGGUGGUGGUCUUUGAGGACGUCCAUAAGAAGGUCUUGGAGGACGACCUGGGCCAUUGUAAAUUGAAGUUGGAACUGCAGAAUUGUUUCCUCUAAAUUGAUUAUGACUACCACCGCCUCUAUGGUUAUCACCACCAUUGCGAGCUUUUUCGAUAUCAUAUUGAGUCAAUUGCUUUGGCUUGUGCUUAAAACUCCUAAGAAUAAUACUCUUAUGUGGAUGGAGCUGCUCUGGGAAGGUGUAGCGUACAGCUAUACUCUUAUCAUCAACUAAAUCUGGCUGAUCGUCUAAACUCGUUAAUGGCGAGUAGAAAGUAGAUCCAGGGAUAACUUCAGGAUCGGAUUCAGCAAAUCCGGCCAAACUUGAAGCUUUUUGAACGUCUAAUUCCAUAACUGAAUUGCCUUUACGUUUGGUGUAAAGUUGGCAAAUUUGGUCAUAUAACGGAUGACUUUCACUGAUCAUAAGUGUUUCUUUACCUCUCUCGUUACGUCUCUUUUCAUCGUCACUUAAGUCAUCAUAACGUUCACUCAAUGCCUUAGUUAGGCGAUUUUCAUCAAUAAAUGGCAACAGGGCAACACCUUGCCAAAUCAUUUUCUUUCCAUUCAUGUCUAUUUGGAAAUCUUCCGGGUAGAAGUCAAGUAUUGGUGAGUCUUCUUCCGUCAUGUAUUUACUGAAUGGCCUAGGAAUGUGUAUACCAGAAGCAGCUGGGAAGACACCCAUUAAUUGUUCAAAUGGCCUAAAUGGUUCACCUAAUUCGAAAUUAAUUGGUAAACUUUGGAUAUUCUCGAAAUCUGCAGCGAAUGGUGCGUAAUGAUACGGAUAAUACCAUUUCCAGGAUGGACAGCCUUGGUAAUAAUAUUUGAGUACCCAACACAAUCCUUCCAAGUAUUUAUGAACGAUCUUUCUACGUUCUUCAACAUCACUCAAUUCAAUUCCGAACUUCUGUCUAUAGUAUCUCUCUCUGUAGCCAGGUUCCCACAACUUGACGAUAUCCUCUUGUUCGACAGUACCAUCAGCGUUGACUUUCAGUUUGUUUGCUUCAUUAGCAAGUGGAGGAGCCGAUUCUUCACCCUGCUCUUCAUCAUCUGCUUCAGUUUUGGUGACCUUUAUGCCAGGUACUUGUUCAUCGUCAGGUUGUUCAUCAGGAUGCUUACGCUUGUGGCUAUCAUCUCCCUCAUGGGCGGGAGCCUCAUUCGGAAUAUUCACACCACCACUCAUCUGAGCUUUAAGCAUUUCAGCUGCGUUCAUAUUCGCCAUUCUAAUUUUAUGUCUAUUAGCAAUCAAAUCAUUGUUGUCUUUUAUACCGAUAAACUCUGACUGAUUUUUGUAUUCAACGCCACCAACAUUCAUGCUAUUUGUGCUACUCUCUGUUGAAAGAUCCAUAUUCCUAUUUUCUGGUAGGGGCGCCCUAUUUGAACCUUUGUUUCGUAAUUCUAAGUCACGCUUAUGUUGUUCAAUUUUACGUCUCUUUUGAUUCCUAUCUUGUCUAUCUUCAGUUUCUUUCCUGCGUCUGAAAAUUUCAUCUUCAGAGCUAGCCAGACCGUCGAGAAUCAUCUGAACUCUCGGUAGGUUAACAUCACCAUGCUUUGUCACGUAACCUCCCAUGAGUGGUAAAGAUCUCUUCCAAAUUGCGAGUAAAGUGUCAAUAGCACCUUCUCUGAUCUCCAGUGAAGGUAAAUGUGGUAAGAAAUCAUUACCGACGAAGAAAAUCAUGAAUACCCAAUCAUCUAUUGCCCUCUCUAGAUCGUAAGGGAAUGGCAUAUUUGGUAAUUUCAGCUCGAAGUAUAAGUAUUCUCUUAGUGUUGUAACGUCUAGGAAAAUAAAUGGAUUAGGUUCUGCAGGUUGAUUUUUAUUCUUUUCAACCUCAGAUUUCAAUUGCUGUGGUUCGCCUCUACUACCUUUGUUCUUUUGUCUUUGUUUAUCAGAUUGGGCGAAAACAUCCUCACGGAGAACUUUAAAGUUUGGUUCGUGAGUUGCUAAUGCCAACAUAAUUAAAUCUGCAUCAAGACCAUAAAUGACGUGCUCAGUAUUGGCGUCGUGAUUCGGUUGUGAACGCUGUCUGCGUAUGUAAUCCAUAAUUUUGUGUUCACCUUCACCAGGUACGGAUGCAUCGGAUAUGACAACUUGUAAACCCUUCCAACCAGGGUCGUCGUUCAUCUUUUUAGCCACCCAGUAACGCAAAGAUUGAGCAAGUAAAUCCAUGAAAGGAGUACCAGGGGUAAUUGCAUUACUAUCCCAAGCUUUCUUACCUUUCUGUUCAUCGCUAAAUUGAUGACCUUGAGAUUCCAUUUCUUUGUAAUAUUGCUGCUUAGAUUCUUCCUUCUCUUUUGCUUCUUGAGCAGAUCUAAAACGACGACUACGUUGUUGAUUCAUCUUAGCACGUGGAGCUACACCAUCAAUAGCCAUCAUUAGUAAUUUACGCGGUCUAACCAUAUUGACUACUCUUUCUGUGUAUAAGAAAACCUCCCUCAUCAUUUCUUCCUCAGUUUCAGGAGCUGGUUUGUUCUCUGGAUGUGAACAUGGAUGUACGAUACCGUUCAUAUCGAGAUAUAAACAAUCAAAUUCCUGUCCAUUUGGAUUUGGUGUUGUUAUGUCAACUGGUGAGUAGAUUGUGAUAUUGCCAUCAUCGUCUCUAGAGCUUUCGAUUGGCUUUGGAUGUUCUUCUUGUACUUUGUAAACGAUUCUCGGAUAUUU